ACUGAAGAGUAUUGGCUCUGGUCAGCCGUUAUUGCAUUUAAUGAAAUCGACAAAGAGUUGCUAGGCUUAAACGAAUUUCGCAGUUUUACACCAUGUGGAAGUGUUUGUUUUGGUCUGGACAAGAAAUCGGAUGAUCAAUAUAGUAUUCGAACUGAUGUAAAAGGAGUAGUGUACUGUUUUUUACCAACAAGUAUGGACUCAGGUUUACCGUUUCAUAUCAAUGGAUGUUUUGCCCUUCAUACAGAUCGUCGUCGUCUUCUACAAAAGUUUGUUGAUGAUCGAAACAAGCGCCAAUUUGAAUGGAAUGAUCUUGUUUUAAAGGCUGUUUGUAAAGCACUUUUACUUGGUUUAGAAAAUGCCUUAACUGUAUGUGGCCUACAUUCGUUUGAAAUAUUAAAAAGCUUUUGGCCAAUUCCAAUCAAAUCGCCAUCACUUAAAGCAUUAGAAACAACCUUUUUAUCUUCGAUUAUUGAUCCGUUAAAAAGUUAUGCAAUAUUCAGUGAUGGCAAACAAGUCGGUUGUUUCCAACAAUGCUGGAUUUUGAAUGUCGAUUUUCCUAAAACAAUUCAAGACGUUUUAUUGGAUGAGCUUCGUUCGAACUUGAUGCAUGUGUUGCAAAAUAAUAGGAGCUUUCGGCACUGGCUUGAGGCCUACAAUGGAAAAACAGGUUUUUCCCUAUUAAGCCCAUUUUGGCAUUCAAAAGUUCGUAAGGUUGUCUGGCCCCAAGCCACUGCCGAAAGCUCCUAA